AUGAAGGGUAGUAAAAAGCCGGCUGGAGGAGCAAAGCAAACCGAGAAGCAGGAUGGCAAGAAGAAAACAAAGGCUGCUCUUCCGCAAACGGCGACUCAGAAGCCUGCUGAGAAUAAGAAAUUGGCGUCAGCGCUUGCAUCGCAUCUGCAGAGCUUGUACAAGGGAGAAGGGGUGCUGGUGGUAGAGGACGACAAACGCAUCAUUUUCUACUGCACUCUGUGCGACGUAUGGGCUUACCAUGACGCGAGCCUGAUCGACCAUAUACAUGGGAAGAAGCACAAGCGGAAACAGGCGGAAGCCACACCGAUCACCUCACCACCGUCCAGCGUCACUGGAAGUCCCCCUUGGGAGAGAACUUCCAAGUUGACGCCACCGUGGAAGCUCGUUGGGGAAGGGAAAAACUCCGCCGUGUCUCCUUCCUCCAAGCGUAAAGCGCCUCAUACGAGUGAUGCCUCUAAGUCUGCUGCUGGCGGCUCCAAGCGCCAGAGAAAAGCCAAUGGUCAAGAUGUUGCAGUCACACCGGACGGUGAGGCGGAUGCACGUGACGUUGUUCCAGAAACAGCAGCAGAAGAAGAAUCGGAUGAGCCAAGCCGACCUGAGGACUUCGCCCUGGCAUUGUUCAAGUUCACGAACCUGAUUGGUCGCCGAGGGAAGUGGGAGAAGCAGCUGUUGAAGUGGUCCGAUGGCGGUCCUGGUGAGAAGCACAGUCAGAAGGAGGAGCUACCACUGCUGGCAGAUGUCCCCGCCGAGCAUCCAGGGGAGCUCAAGAAGCAACCGGAAGAGGCCAGCGACAAGGAUGUUCCACGAGAUGACGAUGAUGGUAACAAAGAGAAAGAACUGAAAGGCACGUCUGGUGCUGAGCCACAGUGCACAGAAGAGCCAAUUGAAGUUAAUGCGGAUGUGGAAGAAGCACGUGGAGCUCGCACUGCCGACGACUCUACUCCCGCGCCUGAGCUGCAUGAGGCGGUUGCUGGUAGAACUGAAGACGAAGCGACUGAGAAUGCAGCUGCACCUGCGGUUCCAGUGCCAGAAGCAGCAGCAGGGGUUGACGCCUCUGGAGAUGCCACAGCACCGGCUGCAGUGCCAGCUAAGAGACGGAAAGGAACUCUGGGAGCUGGUGCAGGGGCAUCUGCAACGAGAGUGUGCUUUCUGUGCCAGCUGCCCAUGAUGGAAGGGCAGGUGGUUGGAGCCCUGUGGAAUGCACGCUUGAAACAAUUUGCCUGCAGCAGCAGGAACCGACACAAGAAGUUCCACAUAUUCCACUCGCACUGCAUAGCGGACUGGGUGGUCUUCUGCUCUGCGGUCGCCAGCACCAGUGUGCCGCCCGCCCUCUGCUGCCCGCUCGAGGCUGACGUGGCGCACCUCCUCUCCUCCAUGCACCGCCACCAAAAGGCACACGCGCCGUCCCUGGGGCCAAGCCGCCAGGCCAGUGGCGCUGCCACACCUGCUGCCGCUGCUGCUGCUGGCAGAGUCACAGGGGCUGCAGCAGCUGCUGCUACUGCUGCUGAGGCUGGCGGUAGUGCUCCUGUGUCUGCCAGUGCUGCUGCUGAAGCGAAUGCGAAUAACCAGCCUGGAGAUGCUCCUCAGUCUAAUGGGGCUGAGCGUGUGGGGCCGGGUGGGGAUGCUGAUGGCAGCAGUGCUAGCAGUGACGAGAAUCAUUCCGACGCGUGGGCGUGGGCUGGCAUCCCAGACGCAAUUCACUCCUCUGCCACCGCUGCUGCUGUUGCAACCUCUGCCCUGGCUGCUGCUGCUGCCACAGGGCCAGUGUCCAGUGAAGAUGCAGCAGUGGUGGCCAUCGUGGCAACAGCUGCUGCGUCGGCUGCUGCGUCCCUGAUGGCUCCACCUCCUGCUCCUCCUGCCUCUGCAUCUGCUAUGUCACAUCUUCUGGGCAAGCGCAGCUCAGCUGACACCGUGGCACAGCAGCCAGGCAAGGCGAAGAGAGGCGUGCCCUCAGCAGUGCCGGCAUCAGCGCCUGUAGCAGCGUCUGGAGCAGCUGGAGCUGCCAGCAAGGGCGUGCCAGGCAAAGGGGCAGAAUCAGAGGCAGCAGUGUCAGUAGGAACAGGAGGAACAGCAGUGCCAGCAACGCCAGCUGCUCCUGAGGGCGCAGAGGCGCUGGAGGGAGUAAAGCUGUUGCCGCUGACUGAGGUGUUCUGUCCGGAGUGCCAGGGCACAGGGCGGUAUGGCCCUCAAAACGCCCUGGAGCACCCCCGCUACCGCCUUGCUCAGGUGUUUGACUGGAUUGUGGCCAUGAUGGUGGCGCGGCACAAGGCAACCCUUGCACUGAAAGGAAGCACGGCGAGCAGUGGAGAGCAGGAGGAGGACGGUGGUGCAGGGAGGACGGCAGAAGUGGGUGCGGCAGACAAGGGAUAUCCCAUUAUGGCAGACGCUGAGGGGUCACCAGAGGGCUGCGAGAAGGCACCAAAGGGGGCCGAGGGAGCAUCAGAAGGCGGGGAAAAGACACCAAAGGGCAGGGAGAAUGUGGAGAGGUCAGGUGGCAUGGAGGCGGAUAAGGGCUUGUGUGAUGAGAGGGAGGUGACAGCAGCCGAGGCUGCUCAUCCCCCUCCUGCAGCCAGUCCCUCUCAGGCGGCUCACAGUGCAGCAGUCACUGGGGGAUCCCUUCCAGGGAAUGAAGCAGGCAUGCAGGAUACGGGUGCUGGCAGCAGCAUGGGCGUGGUUGCUGGCAGCACGCUGGCCAGCAAUCCUGUGGAGAGUGCAGCAGAGAAGGGGUCAGAAGGGUGCCGUCUGCGUUUCGCGGACCAAAAUGUACAGAAGCCAUUCUGCACCGAGUCCUCUCCUCCCUACAUCUGCAACCCUACAUCUCCCUUCAUCUGCUUCUGCCUGCCCACCCGUCCCUAUGCCAGGCAGCAGACACUGCUUUCCACAACCUCAGGGUGCUUCCAGCUGAGUGUCUCUCUCCGCGCUCCUCCCCAAACCUUCCGUGAUACCGACCGUGGUGUUAGCAUGGCGACCAGUAGGAUAGCACUACCUGCGACUGAAUUCCCCCUCCACGUGCCAGUGGGCGUCGGUGGGUACGGGGUGACGCUUGAGAUGAAGGACUACGAAGCCCUUCGCGACGAGAAGGCCGAGUUCACAGAACCUUGCUUCGACCUCGGCCUCGCGUACGAGCUCGAUCGUCUGGGAAAAGGCGACAGCAUGAUCCUGAUCCGCGGUGCGAGUCUUCGCGCCGCCAGGACGGCGUCGAAGGCGGACUAUCUGGUUUUCGGGUCGGCCUUCGGCUUCGAAGCCCUCGCCAUCCCCCUGUGCACCGGGGGCGGACCUCUUCCCGGCAGGCACUGCAGCGUCCUGCUUGUUGUGCGCCCUGGCGACCUGCUUUUGCCCGACGAGGAGGAGAUCGGGACGUUCUACCGCCACCUCGACCCCAAGACCUCCUCCAAGCGGCACGAGGAGGAGGCGGCCAACGUUAUGAGGUUUUUCGCCGAGUGCGCGAAGGCGGAGUUGAACCGUGAGGGAAGGCAGUGGACGGCUGCGCCUCCUUCCGCCGAAAUCCUCUCCGAACGUCUGGAGAGUCUUGCCGCCCCCAUCCGUGAUGUGAGUUUCCAACGUCCAUGUCGCCUUGUCGCCUGGGCUAUCGUCGUCGAGGCGUCGACUCACCCUUUUCGUCGUCGCCAUGUGCUUCGGAUGUUGAUGCAGAAAUUGCCCGACAUCCUCAAGGAGGAGGUCGCCGGCUCGGGGCUGUUGGCGGUCAACGCGUUCGCGUGGUCUUUGGAGCAUCUCGACGACGUGUUUCGCAGCUACGAUCCGCUCAUCGUCGAGAACCCGAAGAUGGUCGGCUUGAAGGCGCUCCGACUGGAGCUGCUGCACCACGCGGAGAAGGCCGCGUCGAACAGAGGGGAGGCGGCGUCGACCGUGGCCCGUGGCGUCGAAACCGGCAUCGCUAUGGGUGGGGAGGAGGAGCACGAGAGGGAGGACGUUGAGGGGGGCGGGGAGCACGACGGUGGCUCGGAAGAAGAGGAGGAGGACGUGGAGCGUGAGGAGGACGACGUGGUUGUCACCGGCGAAGAGGAGGCAGUGCAGUUCGCCGGUGAGAAGGUUGCGGAUAUGGGCGGCGGCAGCGGACCCAAGUUGGGCAAGAAGGCCCGGGGCAGCAGUGGCUCGACCCCGCCUAGGAUGGCGUCAAAGGCGGCUAUCGAGCGUCUGAAGGCGGCGGAGAGGGAGAUCAAGAAGCUGAGGGAGGAGAAGCUGGUGGCGGAAAAGAGGCUGGAGUUCCAAACGGCCCGGAAUGACACGAUUUACGGCGUGGUCACCUCGGCCGUGAACAAGCUCACUACAGUCGCCGAGGGCGUGACCCAUCUCGAGCAGACGUCGGGGAGGAGCAUCCAGCUGGCGGUGGACGCUGUGAGGGCGGUCGUGCAGGAGGCGGUGAGCUAUCGCGGCUCCACCCUCGAAUUCAUGAACACGCAGUGGCUGCCCACCGUGCAGGCCCUGCACUUGACGGCUACUGCUGCACAGGGUAGGCGACGGGAGGACGACCUCCUGCUGCUUCGAGGUGUGGCAGAUUCUCUCGGCCAGAACAUCAAAACAGUCGUGUCUGCCGAGGUGAAGGCCGCCAUGGAGGGCGAGGCGCAGCGGAUCGCCGCUGCCGUGACUGCGAAGGUCGUCCAAGAGCUUAGGGACGACCUGGUGAAGGCGGUCACCUCCGCGACCCAACAGGGCAUUGGCACCGCCGGGUUUAGCCUCCUCCCAACUGCUUUCGCGUCGGUGAUGCACGGCGGUCGCGCAACCGCCGAGGAGAGUGGGCCGGCCCCAAGGCAGUCGGGGAAAAGGGUCGCCGACGAAAAAUCCCUGACCGGCGACCAGACCAGCGGCUCUAAGCGAAGCAGAGGACCUGCGGUGAAACGCGGUGUGGGCGUGGAUCCUCCUGCCCCUCCGUAUGUUCGUAUCCCCGGCGUCCACGACUUGCUGAAAGAUGGACUUGGCGCGCGACCGAGCGAACAUUUUCGACAGGUCGACGUCGCGCUCGAGGAUCCUCAGUCGGUGGUCGGGAAGACCGGUGGGCAGCCCGUGGGGGACAAGCAGCCACAGGCCCCGACCGAUCCGCCGAGCGCACACGACGCGCCACCGAGCUGCGAGCAGGUGGUCGACCAAGGAGCAGAGGCAGCGAACGUCGCGGCGGCGACUGCAGGGCCGAGUGGGUCAACGGUGGAGGCGGCUGUGUGGAGAGCGGCGGAAGAGGCCGGCGGGGUGGACGAAGAGAUCCUCGCCAGCAUCGUGAUGCCGGACCCGGAAAUCGAGGUCAUGCGGGAGAAACUACAAGCAGCAGCUCCCACCGUGGGAGCGCAACAGGGUGCACCAGCCGCCUUGACUGCUCCUGCGGAGGACCAUAGCGCGGCUGGCGCCAAAUCUCCCCCGGCCACAACCGGUGAGGUCGGCGAUGGGAAGCAGAGGCGCAAGGGCAAGGACAAGGCGAAGGGCGGCCCGCCGAAGGUCGGCUCUUCCAAGGGGACGUCCAAAGCGGCCGCGCAGGGUCGGAAGGGUUCAGGCGUCCGCGUUGACCCUUCAACUGGGCUGGCCGUCUCGGAGAUGAAGUUAGGGAAAAAGAGCCGUUACAUCUGCCGGUCGAUGGACAAGUCCGAGGCCGCCUACUGCAUCGCUGUCGCCGUUUCGUCGUUCGACGGCUUCGUCAGCGACGUGGUUCUCGACGAGUUCGGUGGGGUCAAGGAGGAAGUGAUGGCGCAGUAUAAGGCGGACUGGAAUGUGGCGCGAUUGAUUCCGGGGGGCAUGUGGAUGGUCAUGUGGAGCCGAGGGGCGAACGUCUUCCGCGACAGGUUCCAACAGGUGGUCGCGGAAUACAACAGGAUAACCGGAGCCGACCGCGCAGCUCUCAUGUUGGCUCUUCGCCCGGCGGUGUGGUUCGGCGACCUUCCGGAGUCGACCGAGCCCGAGAAGGCCGCGAAGAAGAAGGUGGCGAGCGACAUGAUCGCACGCGUUUCGAUGUGUGCCGCCUUCGCACCGGUGGCCGCGAAAGUGUUGCCCAUUCCGGGCGUCGGGUCGGAGCGGUUGUCCGAGAUCCUCGCCGGUACUGCGGCCGCGGUGUGGUGUUUUUCGGAGACCAAUGCCACGGCGGAAGUAGCGGCCGGCGAAGGGGGGGCGGCAGCGACCGUGCGCGGAGCGUCCAACGAGUUCGCGAGUCGGUGCCGGACCGUCAUCGAGGCGGUGCUUAAGCGGGCGGCCUCCCGGGAGGUCGUCGUAGGGGAGGUCGCCGAAACGGUGACGAAGGACCUGCAGGCGGCUGUGCUGAGGUCGCUGCCUGAGGUCGGAGAGGAGCGCGAGCACGACGAGCUGAUCGCCCGUGUCAUGAUAGAGAACCUCGCCUUCUGGGGGGACUGCAAUGUCGGAGGCCCGAAGCUCAAGGCUCGCGGCGUCGAUUUGCCUAUCGACCCCCAGAUGAAGGUUAUCAUUCGGGACAGGGGGGCGAGGGGGCAGCAGCACAAAGGGAAGCAGGUUGCCGACGCCUAG